GAAGUCACAGUCCAAGAAAGGGCAAUGUCGUCAUCGUGCUCCCACUGGUGGCACGCCCCCGUCUACAUCGCCGCCACCAUCGCGCUCGUCGUCGCCGCCAUAUCCGCCUCCGGCUCCACCCGAUUCUCGCCACCCCCAACCGCCGAUGACGCUCUCCGCCGCGCCGGAUUCCAUCUCACCGCCGCCGUUCUACAUCUCUCCCCUUCUUCUCCCCUCCCGUCCUCACGCCCCGCCACGCUCUUCGCCCCUCCGGAUCCCGCCUUUACCAACCUCUCCCUCACUUCCGCCGCCGCCCUUCUCCAACGCCACUCCCUUCCUAUCCUCCUAACCCUGGCCGACCUCCGGCGACUCCCUCAAGGCUCCUGCCUCUCCAGAGAACUCACCAUCUCCCCGCUCUUCAGCUCCAAUAACUCGAUCGCCAUCAACGGUAUUGCGAUCUCUCACCCAGAUCUCUACUUGUCCGAAUCCCACGCCAUCCACGGCAUCACCGGCGGGUUCCCCGACGUCGCCUGCGGCGGCCCUGCAACACCGAUCCCGUGGUCGCGGGUGACACGAGCCCUGGGAUCGCGCGGCUACGUGGCGUUCACGGUGGGUUUGCUCACGGUUCUCGGCGCCAUCGAGCCCACGGCGAGGACGCUGGACCAGGUUACCAUUUUUGCACCGCAGGACAUCGGUUUCCACCAAGUAACCGGUUCCCGCGCGACGCUGGAGGGAACCAUUAGGCGACACGUGGUGAUUGGGAGGUACGAUUACCGUGAUCUCAUGUCGCUUAAGGUCGGCGAGGAGAUCAGGACGAUGGCGAAGGACGAUAGGCUUACAAUCACCGCGAGUGGUGAUACAGGGUUGGUGAUGAUCAAUGGGGUUCAGAUCACGGAGCCGGAGGUGUAUACAACACGGGGAGCAGUGGUGCACGGUAUCCCCCGUUACUUUCGGGUUGGGAACCACACGUCAUCUGAUCUGUUGCUGACCGUCCGAUCAAUACACUUGUUGAUUGUGAACGUGAAUCUCAAGGCAGCUGGGUGUGAUGUUUUCAUUUAUCAUCUUCUGUGUUUUGUUGCCGCUGGCAAAGUUUGUAGUAAAUAGUAGCAAACAGUGUGACAAAAUCAAAUCACAUCCUCAGUAAUUAGUAUAAGUUUUGGUAGAAGACUAUUUUCACCAAACCUUUA